AUGGAUCCUCCCAAAGCUGCUGCUAAGGCCUCAAAGCCACAAGCUUCAAAGUCCAAGUCCUCUGGAGGAGCUGGAAGAAAGAAAUGGUCCAAGGGAAAGUCCAGAGAGAAGUUGAACAACAUGGUUCUCUUUGACAAGGAGACCUACAACAAGAUCAACAAGGAGUUGCCAACUUCCAAGGUGAUCACCAUUGCCACUGUCUCUGACAAGUACAAGUGCAACGGUUCUUUGGCUCGCCGUGUCCUCCGUGACUUUGCCGCCAAGGGUCUCAUCAAGAAGGUCAUCUACGGACAUGGUUCCGGUGUCUUCACCAAGACUGCCACCGCCUAA